AUGCUUGGCCUUCUCUUGAGGACAACUUUGCGUCACGUCGUAGAGACGCGGAGUUUCGGUCGGAGCAGCAUCGUAGAGGCUUUUAUGUAUGAUGGCAUCGGUACAGCAUGUGGUGCACUCGCCGUAACAGCUGUUGCAAUAAUCGACAACAUUAUAGGAUCUAUCAACCCUGAAUCAAAAUAUCUUGCAAUCUUGAAUCUCGGGGUCCCCUUCGAAACCGUCAUCCCAAUCAUCCUUGUCAACCGCCUCAUACUGAACCUACAGACGUCCUACGACCACGACCGGACCGCCCAAAACUCUGACACCCAUAUUUUCUCCAUGCCAGAAUUUGCACCAAUUAGCCAUCCGGGAGCAACGUUGAAUUCAACGCGAUGGGAUAAUCAGUGCGAUGGCCCCGUAAACCAGGUAUCUGGCACCCUCAGAGUUCCACCGUAG